CUAAUCAGUCAGAAUAAAUCUUACUUCUCCGAAAAUGAAGUCGUUUAUUGUGAUUUUCUGUCUGUUUCUCAUCUCAGUUCUGAUUGAGGCCCAAACCAGGCCAGGUUGUCCUGGCAUCUGUCCUGCAGUUUAUCAACCCGUUUGUGGAGAAGCUUCAGUUAGGGGAAGACUCGUGCGAUGUAGUUUUGGCAAUGGAUGUGAAAUGGGAGUCAGCUCCUGUCGCCAUAACAUAAACUGGCGUGAGAGGCCCUUGGAAAGAUGUGGAAGCCCUUCUCCCGUCUGCAGUCAACUUCGCUAAUCUAUAAUAAUAGUAUAGUCGCAAAUAAACAAGCACAUGUUUUAGACUCAGUUUCAGUUUAGUUAGUUUACUUAGCGAGUUGGCGAAUUUAUAAAUUAAAUAUAAUUUGGAGUAAUUGUUGUUCUACAUUGAAAU